AUGAACCCCAGCGCCCACAGCUGCCCCAUGGCCUCGCUGUACGUGGGGGACCUGCACCCCGACGUGACCGAGGCGAUGCUGUACGAGAAGUUCAGCCAGGCCGGGCCCAUCCUCUCCAUCCGGGUCUACCGGGACCUGGUGACCCGCCGCUCCCUGGGCUACGCGUCGGUGAACUUCGAGCAGCCCGCCGACGCCGAGCGCGCUCUGGACACCAUGAACUUUGACGUGAUAAAAGGCAAGCCUGUCCGCAUCAUGUGGUCUCAUCGAGACCCAUCGCUUCGCAGAAGUGGCGUGGGCAACAUCUUCAUUAAGAACUUGGACCGAGCCAUCGAUAAUAAAGCACUGUACGACACGUUCUCUGCCUUUGGAAACAUCCUCUCCUGUAAGGUGGUUUGUGAUGAAAAUGGCUCCAAAGGCCAUGGGUUUGUACACUUUGAGACGCAGGAAGCAGCGGAAAGAGCUAUUGAUAAAAUGAAUGGCAUGCUUCUAAAUGAUCUCAAAGUCUUUGUUGGACGAUUUAUGUCUCGCAAAGAACGAGAAACAGAAGUUGGAGCCAGGACAAAAGAGUUUACCAAUGUUUACAUCAAGAAUUUUGGAGAGGACAUGGAUGAUGAACACCUGAAGGAUCUCUUUGGCAAGUUUGGACCUGUCUUGAGUGUGAAGGUCAUGAUGGAAGACAACGGAAAAUCCAAAGGAUUUGGCUUUGUAAGCUUUGAACGGCACGAGGAUGCACAAAGAGCCGUGGACGAGAUGAAUGGAAAAGAGCUCCAUGGAAAACAGAUAUAUGUGGGUAGGGCUCAGAAAAAAGUGGAACGGCACACUGAACUUAAGCACAAAUGUGAACAGGUGACACAAGAUAGGAGCUCCAGAGACCGGGGUACUAACCUUUAUGUGAAAAAUCUCGAUGAUGGCAUUGAUGAUGAGCGUCUGCAGAAAGAGUUUUCGCCUUUUGGUACCAUCACUAGUGCAAAGGUGAUGACGGAAGGUGGUUGCAGCAAAGGGUUUGGUUUUGUGUGUUUCUCCACCCCGGAAGAAGCCACUAAAGCAGUUAUAGAAAUGAAUGGAAGAAUUGUGGCCACCAAGCCACUGUAUGUAGCUUUAGCUCAGAGCAAAGAGGAGCGCCAGGCUCACCUCACUAACCAGUAUAUGCAGAGAAUGGCAAGAGUUCGAACUGUGCCCAACCCAUUAACCAACCCUUACCAGCCAGCACCUCCUUCGGGUUACUCCAUGUCAGCUGUUCCACAGUCUCAGCACUGCGCUCCACAGUGCCCUCCUAGCCAGAUGGCUCAAUUAAGACCAAGUCCUCGCUGGACUGCUCAGGGUACCAGACCUCAUCCAUUCCAAAGUAUGCCUGGUGCUAUCCACCUAGGCUCUCCUAGACCACCAUUCAGCACUGUGAGACCAAGUUCUUCACAGGUUCAACCAGUCAUGUCCACACAGUGUGUUGCUGACAGGUCAGCACAAACAAUGGGUCCAUGUCCUGCAGCCACUUCUGCUGUGUGCACUGUUCCACAGUACAAAUUUUCUGAGGAAGUGAGCAGUCCCCAACAGCAUCUUACCGCAGAGGCACAAGUGACCAUGCCCGCCCAAGGCCAGGACCCUUUGACUACUACGUUGGCGCCUGCUUCUCCUCAAGAGCAGAAGCAAAUGCUGGGUGAACAGCUCUUCCCUCUUAUUCCAGCUGUACAUCCCACUCUUACUGGUAAAAUCACGGGCAUGUUGACGGACACUGAUAACUCAGAGCCACUCUGUGUGCUUGAAACUCCGGUGUCUCUAGCUAGCAAGGCUGACGAAGCUGUAACUGCACUACAAGAGAAGGAGGCUGCCCAGAAAGCCAAGACCAGUGCCCCUGGUGUCGCCACUGUUUAA